CCUAUCCUCUUCCUGCGCCGCCGACAUCAACGGCCCCCGUCACCAUUCCUCUCGUCCCCCCUUAACCUAUGGUUGCAGCGGGAUCCAGCAACGCGGGAUACAGAGGAGUGGCCGGUCCGCGCCCAUCCAGCCCCGAUGCGACGCGCGCGAUGGGAUCAACCGGAUGUGCGGGAUCGAGCCAGGCUAUGCGCACGUUGGGAUCGACCGGAGGCACUUGAGGGAGCCCAAGAUCUAGCACCGCCAGAAAUUCGUCUCCAUGCCCGACUCGAGGGGUUUGCUGCCGCGGGUCGAGGCCCUCGCCGCCGACUGCACGUUUGUGGAGGAAAUCAGCUGGCGGAGGCGAGCAGGGAGAGGUCAAAGGCGGCCUACACGGAGCUUCCUAUCCUACGGGUGCGAAUCACAAGCUCGCUGGACAAUAGUCACGAUGCCGAUGAGAUGGAUCUUGUACAGUGCAUGGCGAGUCUCCCUCGCAUUUUUGCUCACAAGUAUAAGCAUCAUGAUUCUUGAUAGUCUGCACAUGUCUUUUGUUACUGGAAACAAACUCCACGAAAUAGGAAUUAUAACAUUGGGGAGGUCGAUACAGAGGAUGCGGGCUGGCCCUUGAUAAAGAGGUUGCUAGCGAUGCGGGGUACUGUAAUCUUGUGAAGCAAAGGUAAUUGCUUCUAUUACAGAAUGGCCUAUGGUGGAAAUCAUCAACAAAACUAAGAUUAUGUGUUCAAAGCUUUGAUUGGUGAUCCUUCUGUUGGUAAUUCAAAUUUUCUUGCAAGAUUUCCUAGGAACCCUGAUCCUUGUAAUUCCAGUGGGAUAGAUGAUUACUGGAACACAUAUAUAAACUUAU